ACAUUAUAAUGCAAGGGACCUCCUUUUUAAACACAAACCGAAUUUUCUUUCAUUUAGGCUAUAUAUAUUUUUAAAUAGUUUAAAGUCAUAGAAAAAUUUUUGGAAAGCAUUUCGCCCUGGAGCGGUGCGCAAUGCUAUCCCACGCCGACCUCCUCGAUGCUCGCCUCGGUGAGUUGUCACCAAACUCCGGUCUUCAACUCUACUGGAUGAAGGAUGCCGCGGUAGAGCUUCUGGGGCACAGGGAGGCACUGAAAUGUAGAUUGGGAUCCGGGGGUGCAGACCCCGGGCAUUCUGGUGAUCUAGCCCCGGGUUCCGACGCUGUUGAAGGAGCCACGCUUCUCCCAGGAGACGAUAUCAACAAUCCUGGAUCCAAUCCUUCCGGCGUGCAGGUCAACAACAGUAAAGACCAAGAAAAACAGCAGCAGCAACAAAAUCCCAAUCAGUCGAGCGGGCAGCAAAGCCAGAAACAGAAGCGGCACCGGACCCGUUUUACUCCGGCCCAGCUUAACGAACUGGAGAGAAGUUUCGCCAAAACGCAUUACCCAGAUAUCUUCAUGAGGGAAGAACUAGCGCUGAGAAUCGGUCUCACAGAAUCACGUGUACAGGUUUGGUUUCAAAACAGACGCGCCAAGUGGAAGAAGCGCAAGAAGACAACGAACGUGUUCCGCGCUCCGGGUACGCUGCUGCCUACUCAUCACGGCCUGCCACAAUUCCCCUCUGCCGCGGCCGCUGCGGCCGCCAUGGGCGACAGCCUCUGCUCUUUUCAUGCCAACGAUACCCGCUGGGCCGCGGCAGGGAUGCCUGGCGUUUCUCAGCUUCAGCUCCCGCCCGCUUUGGGCCGACAGCAGGCUAUGGCGCAGUCCCUAUCCCAGUGCAGCCUUGGAGCUGGUCCCCCUCCCAACUCGAUGAGCCUGUCCAACAUGUCAUCUAAUGGCUCCGGGCUGCAGUCACACCUCUAUCAGCCCACAUUUCCUGGUAUGGUGCCCGCCUCCCUCUCCGGUCCGGGUAAUGUGACCGGCUCUCCCCAGCUCUGUAGUUCUCCGGACAGUGACGUCUGGAGAGGGACCAGCAUCGCCUCACUUCGCCGAAAAGCACUGGAGCACACAGUCUCCAUGAGCUUCACCUAAUGAUGAUGAUCGAAGGAAGCUCGUUUUUUUCCCGCCUUUUUAUGCCAACAUAUGAGUAACACACCAGGAAGUCUCAGGAUGUAAAAUUCUUCAAGCAAAAACGGAAAACGGAGACUGGUUGUGUAUUUAGGCGAGUAAAUUUUAACCACAUUACCCAUGGAACAAAAAUAGGCGGACGCUGCAGGCAUUCAAGGAGUUUAUGUAUUAUUGAAUCCAUUGUUUUUGCUUAAGUCUAAGUUUGUCUAUUUAUUUAUUUAUUUAUUUAUUUAUUUAUUUAGCAUAUCUUAAAUUUUUGUUGUACUUUUACUCAGUUCCGCUGGGGUUUUCGUAAACGUAAAAAUGCGUACAGUAAAAUAAGCUGACAUAAAGUUAUUUAUACCUUCUGGUCUAAUUGUUUUACCUGCGAAACUUAAUAAGCGGGGAUAAGGAGACGAAGUCCAAAGCCACCUGCACUGCAUGCGAUAACGGACUCCAGGCAUGCGCAGUGCACGUGCGUAUUUGGAACCCUGGUUGUUUGUACAGUUGGAGAAAAAAAAACACGAUUUAAACAUGAUUCAACCCAGAAGAAGAUGAAGAAAAAAGAAUGAAAAAAUACACAUGAAAAUCAAUAAACUUUCAAACCUGCUUAGUCUGCAUGUGCUGGCCAAGUUAAUACACCGGGGAAUUAUUAUUUAUAAGACAAGAAAAUAAAAUUUAAACUGUUAUAUAGGAUGUUUUGUGUAGAUAAAGCAUUCUUGUUAUCUUCUGGUCAAUUUGUGAUAUGUUCUAAGUUAUUGUCUGUGCUUACUAUUGACACUGGAUUUCCUAAAUGUUUGAUCUUAUACUGAUACAUAAUUUUGU